GAUGGGUGGUGGUUGUUCUUGAUUUUUGUUUGGCUAUAUGAAAGGUGGUAGGUUGGUGGGGUUGACUUGGUCUUCAUGGAGAUAGACUAACUAUUCUUCUCAAGAAACCACUUUGGGGCAGUUUGCUCAGUUUAACAUGAGCAUUAUUCGGAUUUUACUAUAUACGAUUUAGCAAAAAUUGUGUCUGUAUUAUUGUUUUAAUUUACUCUUGCUUUGUUUAUAAUAGUCACCCUCUAUCUGUAUCCACACAAAAGAUUUAUCUUUUGACCACAACUCAAGCGGGUUGACUGAAAAAGGAUCGUGAAAUGUUUAGCGUACUGGCUGGUCCUUGUUCUAAUUCUAUGUGGGAAUGGUUGGUGUGGUGAGCUGCUAUAUGUUAAAGGACAUCAACUAAAAGCAUUGUGCAAUCUUGAGAAAUAUUUAGGUCCAUCAUGGUGAGUUUAAGAAGGCGCAAGCUACUGGGACUUUGCUCUGGAAAAAGUUUUUUUCUAGCUCCACUUACUUGGAAUUCUGAUAAUGGUAUUACUCCUGACGCCCAGAAUGCCAAUCCUGUCAGUGUACAUCCCAUUCCAUUAGAUGAUGCAAGACAGUCAACAUGGAAAGCCACUGCCAAAUCUGGACCCCUGUCAUCCAAUGUAUCUGGUUCAAGCUCACCAGAAGAAAAACCAAAAUUACAACAUAUUGAAAAAGAGCAACAUAUUAAAUCAUUUCCAGGGCUACCAAUCAAACGCAGAAAGCGACAUCGGAGGAAGCAAAUUCAAAACCAAGAACCCUGUCUAAUGAGAGGUGUCUACUUCAAAAAUAUGAAAUGGCAGGCGGCAAUAAAAGUGGACAAGAAACAAAUCCACUUGGGAACUGUUGGUUCACAAGAGGAGGCUGCUCAUUUGUAUGACAGGGCUGCUUUCAUGUGUGGGAGGGAACCGAAUUUUGAACUCUCUGAAGAGGAGAAGCAAGAGCUUAGGCAAUUCAAGUGGGAUGAAUUCUUGGCGUUCACUCGUCGUUCAAUCACCCAUAAAAAGUACAAGAGAAGACUUGGGGUUGUGCCACAUGAGAGGUCUGAAUCUCCAUUCGAAAAUGGUGAAUGGGACAUUAAGCAAGGAGUGGAUGGUUUCUCGGGGUCAGAAGAUGCAGGGCCAGAUUCAUCAGCCUGAUAUUGGAAGUAAUGUUUGAGAAUGAGGCUGGAUAAUUCUAACAGUUCACAUGUAGCUGAGUGGCUUCCAAUUUUUUCAGUGUAUAAAAGGGCCCUAUUAGGGAAAAUCACAAAGUCAUUCGAAAGCAAGAGAUUCAUAGCAUUAAAUGUAAUAAUUAGUUCAAAGUAUUAGAUAGUCCAUUGGUCUUACUGAUGAACCGUCAAUUCUUAGUACAAAUUGGUUCCAGAGGAAAAUUUUCCUUUUCUGGAAAUUAGUCCGAAUUUAGCGGAAGCUUAUACUGGUAAAAAUUAUAUGAAGGCCUUUCUUUUAUUUCUA